UAGGUCCACUAGUUUGCGGGAUUAGCCGCAGACAGACACGACCAAACGCAUGCCACCUGUUGGAGAUGAGCAAGUCCCCACAGUUGAUGUGGUCUCCACCAGUCACUUCCGCAACUUAAACAAAUUCAGUAAAGAUCUUGAAUUUUAGUUCGAUGUUUUACUUGUGGAAAAAGCUGCCCUGGUGCAGAUGCAAACAAGCAUGGCAUUGUUUUUGACUCCACCGACUGGAUCUCCAUCAGACGAGGAGGAGGAAUUGGCUGUGUUUGAGUCCACAGCAGCAGAGCUGGGAGUGCCCACAAGACCACGUCUGCCGGAGCUUUCCAUCAUUUCUCCAGGCCUGGAAACCCAGUUGUCCAUUUUAGAUGUGAAUGCAGUAGCAAAGCCUGGAGUGUCAAGACUACAAAGCAACAAUGGUGGGAGUGCUGAAAGACUGAAAGUUUUUCUGCGCAUCCGGCCACUCACUGAAAAAGAAAAGGAGAAGGGAGAAGAGCAGGGUUGUGUGACCAUCCAAAAUGACGAAACAUUGAUGCUCCAAGCUCCAAAUGACUCUCAGAACAUGAGGAAUGCGGAGAGAGGCAUCGGACAGAGCAUGCACAAGUUUUCCUUCACCAAGAUCUUUAGCCCAAUGACCAUGCAGCAGGAGUUGUUUGAGAGCACGAUGAAGAAGAUGGUCAGUGAUGUGCUUCAAGGGGAGAACAGACUCCUUUACACUUAUGGUGUCACCAACUCUGGAAAGACCUAUACCAUUCAGGGUACCGGUCGAGAGGCAGGCCUACUGCCCAGGGCUUUGGUGUUUAUGUUCAGGAAACUGCAGGGCCGUCUGUAUGGAUCUAUGGAUCUGAAGCCUGUGAUGUACCAGGAUAUAAGACAGCUCAACCCCAGUGAGGUCAGGGUGGAGGAGCUCCGCAGAGAAUCUCUUCUCAAAGAGGAUGAGUGCUCGAGCUCUCGUCGAGGUGGAACAAGCUCUACUUGCGAUAGUGGGGUUGCAGGACUCUCCACAACAAGUCACAUUGCCACACAACUCGAGGAUUCUGACAGUGUGUGUUUGGAGCUCGACAGCCUUUCGCAUAGUGGGGGAGAUGACCUAGAGGAGGAGGUGCGGUUCUCUGUCUGGGUUUCUUUCUAUGAGAUCUACAAUGAAUUCCUCUAUGAUCUACUGGAGGCUCCACCCUCUUUGCAGCCCAGGAAGAGGGCCACCCUACGGCUAAGUGACGACAAACAGGGCAACCCCUACGUGAAGGACCUCACCUGGGUCCAGGUCCGCAGUGCAGAGGAAGCUUGGAGGGUUCUGGGGGCUGGUCGUCGUAACCAGAGCUUUGCUAGCACUCAUCUUAACAAAAACUCCAGCCGGAGCCACAGCAUUUUCUCCAUCCGUGUUGUGCACGUCUACCCACAGUUGAGCCCUGGUCAGACUACACAUAUCAGCGAGCUGACUGUGUGUGACCUGGCUGGCUCUGAACGCUGCAAAUACCAGUGCAACGGUGAGAGGAUGAAGGAGGCCACCAACAUCAACACCUCCCUUCAUACCCUAAGUCGUUGUAUCUCUGCUCUGAGGCACAACCAGAGCAACAGAUCUCGACCCCCUCAAGUGGUGCCUUUCAGGGACAGUAAACUUACCCGGGUGCUUCAGGGUUUCUUCACUGGACAAGGAAGCUCCAGCAUGGUGGUGAACAUCAAUCCAUGUGCCUCCAUCUACGAUGAGACUCUCCAAGCCCUCAAGUUCUCUGCUAUUGCUACCGAACUGGUGCAUGGCCCAUCUACGAAGACCAGAGUGGCAUACAUACUGUCCCUAUUGCGUGAGCCAGCACCUGUUAACAGUGACAACAUUCUGGAGGAAGAGGAGAGUGAUGAUGAUGAUGAUGAAGGUGAUAUCUCCAUGCUAAAUACUGAGGAGCUGCUAUACGCUAUAAAUGUAUUGAAGAGAGAGGUGUACCGCCAACGUAAGGAGAAAAUGUCUCUUGAGGCCAGUGUGAGGGAGGAAGUAGUCUCUGAGACAAUGGAGGUCAUCUCUUCCAUGCAGAAAAAUUUCAGUGAAACUUUAGAAACGGAGAAGGCUCUGAUUGAGGAGAAGUUUGAAAAUAAGAUUGAUAAUCUUAAGAAACAUUUAAAGAUGUACUACAGCCAGGAAUUGGAGGAACGCGAUCAAGAGAUUGAAGCGCUCACUGCUGCCCUAGAGGAAAAAAACCAGGCCGACCCAAUCCCGCAACCUGUGCCACAAUCAAACCCUGAGGAGCUUCGCCGUUCUCAGCGCCUAGCUUUGAACUCAGAACUUAACAAAAUGAGCAUCGAGCUUGAUCAAUGUCGUGCUGAGCUGCACACUAAAACACAAGACCUUAGAAGAGUGGAGCUGCAGCUAUCUGUACCAGGUCCAACAGGCACCUUCACACAAGCUGCUGACCGUAAACUGAAGGAAGGCCAGAGGAAUCUCCGUCAGUUACGCCUGCACUUGCAGAGGCUGGGGAUGAACCUGCAGUCUGGUGAAAGAGCCUGUUGUCGAAACACAGGGGGAGAAAGGCUGCGUCAGGCAUUGAUAGAUGCAGAUGGAACACUUGCCAAACAGGACCAAAUCUUGGUGGAGCUUCAGAAUAACCUGCUGCUGGUCAUGGCUGACCUCAGACGGAAGGAUGAGAGCCUGGCCCAGCUCCAGAGUGCCCGGACCCAAAUGCCACCUUCAGGUUCUGCCACGCCUGGAUCUUGCAAGAAGAGGGGUUGCGGGGUAACAGCGCCUAACAGUGAAAACUUCCCCCCAGAGAAACGUGCUUUUUUCCCCUCUCCUUUUGCCAUGUGCACUCCACGCAAAUGUAACACUCGUAUUGGCGAGAACGCAAACCCCAGCCUUUACUCACGCAUCUUACGCUCCCGCCAACAAUCUCCACCUCCUAGCCCUGCCCCUACCCCUCGCAAUCAGAGGGGUAAGUGCUGAUCUCUUUGAAAUUUGAGAAUGUGGGUGGUGGCCCUUUUCGACAUUACAUAAAAACACUGCAUCAAGUGCCUUUAAUAUAACAGGUGCUUUUACCUCUGUUUUCUUGCCAAAUGUAUUUCUAUUAUAACCUGAUGUCCACAGCUUUGCUUUACAUGGGGCCAUUAGUAGCCUAACGGAUAGCAAUGCGAGUUUUGGAGUGGAUGGUGCUGAGUGGCCGAGAGAAUGUGAGCAUCAGAAAUGAACGAGAUAUGCUUUCUACUUCUUCAGCAACUGCUGCUGAGAUAUCCUCGGGCAAUGCAUGCGUCGCCUAACUGCUCUUAUCACAGAACGGGAAGUCCUGUAACUUCCCUUAAAUGGUUCUCAGAAGGUGAAAUGAGGUUUAAUAUGUCUUUGCUAUACAUGUCCCAUUUUUUACAUAAGGGACCAUAUCUAUGAUCGGUAGUAAACCUGUAAUACUAAAGAAUAGGAAUUCUUCUUUGAUAUGCUGUUUUAUGUAGUCCUGUAUUUUCUACUUAUGGGAUUUUGUAUCUUUUGCACAUUGUGUGUUGUGGAAUGUUGUUUUACAAGAUAAUUUGAUGGCUCUUUGGCCAUGGAGUUGUUCAUGGACAGAAAAACCAAAUUUACUUACGCAAAUGUCAUAAUCUUGACAUGGUGGGGAAAUAAAAAGAUGUUUC